UGCAGCAUCAGGUCCAGACUGCCUCGCAUUGUUAACGUUGAUUUCUCCCGUUCAAGCCAGCAUUUUGUCUUCCGUAAGCCAAACCUAGGUUACAGCCUCCCACAAAACGCAUGUAAUCUGGACUACACUUGACAGCGGGACACACACCGGCGUACUACUGCAAUGUAAUAUAACGUUACAGGGGCGUCUCGUGAUUUCAUUUAAGGAGCAGCUUGAGCAUGAGGAGAAUUGGUGGCUGCAAUCCUGCCCAGACCAGAGGCUGCUGGUAGGGAUGGUGCCGCUGUGAACAGCCGGUGUGCGUUUCGGAGGACAAGCCUGUGGUUGGGGGAAGCGAGAGGACAGGAGUGCCCAGGCAACAUGACUGUUUUCAACCCGAAAAAUGUUGAGGAAUUUUAUGAAAUUGGAGACGAGCUGGGGAGCGGUCAGUUUGCUGUGGUCAGAAGAUGCAGGUACAGGAGUACAGGUGUGGAGUACGCCGCCAAAUUCAUCAAGAAACGGCGAAGCAAGUCCAGUCGACGAGGGGUGACCAGGGAGGACAUAGAGCGUGAAGUCAACAUCCUGAAGGAGAUCCAGCACCCAAACAUCAUCGCUCUGCACGAAGUCUUUGAGAACAAGGCAGAGGUUAUCCUGAUCCUGGAACUCGUUGCCGGCGGUGAGCUCUUCGACUUUCUGGCGGAGAAGGAGUCACUGAGCGAGGAGGAAGCCACUCAGUUCCUCAAACAGAUCCUGGAUGGAGUUCUCUAUCUGCACUCCAAACAAAUCGCCCACUUCGAUCUCAAGCCGGAGAACAUCAUGCUGCUGAGCCGCUCAGUGCCUCACCCGCGCAUCAAGCUCAUUGACUUUGGAUUAGCCCACAAGAUAGAUUUUGGCAACGAUUUCAAAAACAUUUUUGGAACUCCAGAAUUUGUAGCUCCGGAAGUCGUCAACUAUGAACCUUUAGGCCUGGAGGCCGACAUGUGGAGCGUUGGUGUCAUAACUUACAUCCUUCUCAGUGGUGCUUCUCCCUUUCUGGGUGACAACAAGCAGGAGACGCUGGCCAACGUGUCGGCCGUGGACUACACGUUUGACGAAGACUUCUUCAGCAACACAAGCGCCUUGGCCAAAGACUUCAUUGCUAGGCUUCUUGUCAAAGAUCCAAAAAAGAGAAUGACGAUCCAGGAGAGCCUGCAGCACCCCUGGAUCAAGCCAAAAGACACUCAGCAAGCUCUGAGCAGGAAGGAGUCUGCUGUCAAUAUGGAAAAGUUCAAGAAGUUUGCAGCUCGGAGAAAGUGGAAACAAUCCGUCCGACUCAUCUCCUUAUGUAACCGCCUGUCUCGCUCCUUCCUGUCCAGAAGCAACAUAAGCGUGGCUCGCAGUGAUGAUACACUGGAUGAGGAAGAUUCCUUUGUGAUGAAGGCCAUCAUCCAUGCCAUAAACGAUGACAACGUGCCCGGUUUGCAACAUCUUCUCGGCUCCUUGAACAGUUACGACGUAAACCAGCCCAACAAGCACGGGACCCCUCCCCUCCUAAUCGCUGCUGGCUGCGGCAACAUUCAGAUCAUUGAGGUGCUGAUGAGAAAAGGUGCAGAAAUCCAGGCCAAUGACAAGAGCGGGGCAAACGCUAUCUACUACGCAGCGAGACAUGGUCACGUUGAGACCCUGAAAUUCCUCCAUGAAAAGAAAUGCCCUCUGGAUGUCCAAGAUAAGUCAGGGGAGACAGCUCUUCAUGUGGCAUCUCGCUAUGGCAACGUGGAUGUGGUGAGCUACCUGUGCAGCAUCCACACCAACCCAGACCUGGCAGACAGGGAGCAGGAGACCCCUCUCCAUUGUGCUGCAUGGCAUGGCUAUUCUGCAGUCGCUAGAGCACUUUGCCAGGCAGGCUGCCAUGUAGAUGCCAAGAACCGCGAAGGGGAAAGUCCACUGCUGACAGCGUCUGCACGGGGCUUCGUGGACAUCGUGGAGUGUCUGGUGGAGCACAGAGCUGAUCUAAAAACAACUGAUAAGGACGGCCAUACUGCUCUUCAUCUGGCCGUACGUAGGUGUCAGGUUGACGUUGUCCGCUGCCUCCUCAAACAUCACUGCCCUCUGGACCAGCAGGAUCGUUAUGGCAACACAGCACUCCACAUCGCCUGUAAGGAUGGAAAUCUACCGAUUGUCAUGGCAAUAUGCAGCACCAAGGCAAACCUCGACAUACCCAACAAGUACGGUAAAACACCCCUCCACAUGGCUGCUAACAAUGGGAGCCUUGAAGUCGUCCGUCAUCUCUGCCUGGCUGGAGCAAACAUCGACGCUGUCACCAAUGAUGGAAAGACGACCGAGGAUUUGGCUUCAGCAGAGCAACACGAACACAUAGUCACAUUGUUGGGCAAACUCAAAAAGGACAACCAUAAACUGAGUUACAUCCAGCAGCUACGGCCCACUCAGACCAUCCAGCCCAGGAUCAAACUGAAGCUGUUCGGAUACUCUGGGUCUGGGAAGAGCACCCUGCUGGAGUCUCUGAAAUGUGGCAUCCUGCGCAGCUUCUUCAGGAGGAGGAGGACACGUAUGACCAACGCUGCCCGCCACCCCAACUCCCCCAUCAACUCCAAACCUGCUGUGUCAGUGAGCAUCUCCAACCUGUACCCAGGCUGCGAGAAUGUGAGCGUGCGCAGUCGCAGCAUGAUGUUUGAGCCCAGUCUGACGAAGGGCGUCCUGGAGGUCUUCUCCCCGGUCCACAAUGCUCUCUCCACGGCUGACGAACAGGCCACAAAGGCCAUCGAUAUCCAACAUGCUAACAUCCACGGUGUGGGGGAUUUCAGUGUGUGGGAGUUUUCAGGGAACCUCGUGUACCACUGUUCCUACGACUACUUUGCAGCCAACGACAUCACAGCGAUCCACCUGGUUCUGUUCAGCCUCGAGGAGCCGUACGAAACCCAGCUGGGUCACAUCACCUACUGGCUGAACCUGCUGAAGGCCAUCACCCUGCCACAAGACAACAUCGUUUUCGGCGGUCGGAUCCAGCAGCCUCUCACGGUCGUCCUGGUGGCGACCCACGCAGACCUCGCCAACGUCCCCAGAGCUUUCUCUGGAGAGUUCACCUACGAUAAAGAGAGAGCGCUGCUCAAGGAGGUCCGCAACAGGUUUGGGAACGACCUGCAAGUCAGUGACAAAUUGUUUGUGAUAGACGCCGGAGCCUCAAACUCCAAAGACAUCAAGCUGCUGAGGAGUCACCUGCAGGAGCUUCGCAACAACAUCAUCACUAGGUGCAGUCCAACGACGCAGCUGUCGGAGCGUUUGUUGGCCACCCUGCCGACCUGGAGGAAGCUGAGCGGACCCAACCAGUUCACCUCAUGGCAGCAGUUUGUCAGCGACGUCCAGGAGCAUAUCAACCCACUGGUCAGCCAGGAUCAUCUCCGCACGCUGGCCCUACAGCUUCACAGCAUGGGUGAGAUCAACAUCAUGCAGAGUGAGACGGUGCAGGAUGUUGUUCUUCUGGAACCUCGCUGGCUUUGCACCAACAUCCUUGGCAAGCUACUCUCUAUUGAAACCCCGAAGGCCAUUCACCACUACAGAGGGCGCUACAGGCUGGAGGAGGUGCAGGCUCUAGCCCCUGAAAGCGACGUCGAGGAGCUGCUACAGAUCCUGGAUGCCAUGGAUGUUUGUGCCCGUGACGUCACCAACCCCUCCAUGGUGGAUAUUCCCGCCCUCAUCAAGACAAACGGCCUGCAUCGCUCCUGGACCGAAGAGGAGGAAGAGGAGUCUCUGAUCUAUGGAGGCAUCCGUCUGGUUCCUGCGGAGCAUCUUACUCCGUUCCCCUGUGGCUUGUUUCACAAGCUGCAGGUGAAUCUGUGUCGCUGGAGCCACCAGCAGAAGCCUGAGAAGGAGGGUGGGGAGGAUGUUGAUGGUGACAUCCACUUGUGGACAAAUGGAGCCAGAGUGAGCCAGGCGGGAGUGGAGGCCAUGGUCCUGCUGGUCAACCACGGGCAGGGCGUGGACAUUCAGGUGCGUGGACAGGACUCAAAGCGUGCCAAGUGUUACACCCUGUUGGACACCUUAUGCAGUAUAACGGAGAACCUGCUGGCCUCCACCCUCCCUGGACUGCUCACAGCCAAAUACUACUUGAGUCCACAGCAGCUGCGGGAGCACCACGCCCCCAUCAUGGUCUACCAACCCAAAGAUUUCUUCCGUGCUCAAGUCCAGCGGGAAACCUCGCUCACCAACACCAUGGGCGGCUACCGGGAGAGCUUCAGCAGCAUCCUGGCCUUCAGCUGCGCUGAAGUUUACCAGCAGGGGACUCUGGGAAGCAACAUCCACAUAUCAGACGUGCCCCUGUUGGCUCGCAGGAAGCUCUGCCGCAUGCUGGACCCCCCAGACGCUUUGGGGAAGGACUGGUGCCUGCUGGCCAUGAACCUCGGCCUGACAGAGUUGGUGGCUAAACACAGCAACGGGACUCCAAACGGCACCCCGGACCCGGACUCCCAGCACACCGAGCUGCAGCCCAGCCCGACCGCGGCGCUGCUGCAGGAGUGGAGCGGGCGAGCGAACAGCACAGUCGGCGUGCUGAUGACUAAGUUGAGGGAGCUCGGCCGCAGAGAUGCCGCAGACUUCCUUCUCAAGGCAUCGCCUGUUUUUAGGGUCAACAUGGAGGCUUUGGGUGGUGCCCCAAACGGUUAUCCCCCCACCUGCAACGGUGGCACAUCGUACAACUCCAUCAGCUCCGUCAUAUCUCGCUGAGGGGAGCGCUCAGUAUCUUUUGCCAAAUGUUAGUCUGAUGUGAAGUUUUUCUUUUAAGUGGAAGGUCUCAGAUUUGAGUGAAUGAACAUAAAGUGCAAUCGUUACCGGAGUCCAGCUGCUCUCUCUUUAAUCACUCCAUUUUGUUGGCGUAUGAACCAGAUGUUGUGUUUUGCUGUACAGCCAACCUUUCCCUCUAACAUGAAUGUUGUGAAAGAACUAAACAUCCUGAGCUCCAAAGAGGAAUCCUGUGUUUUUUCUCUUCUAAAUAUUGUUGUGCUGCUUAUUAAUAUCCCUCCUACCCUGCUGCACACUCAAGUCUCUUUCCUCUUACAGCCAACAGGCAAAGAAAAAGAAAAUAAGAGAAGCGCUCUUAUUAAAAAAAAGAAAAAAAGAUGGCAGCCUCUAUGUUUGGACCUUUUAUAUCACCCUCUAGUGCAAAACUGAGGGCUUAAUGUGCGUCUGUGUUUGUGUAGGAGGCUGCUAGCUCCAUCCAUUAGUUCCAGCCGAUAUCUCCCUUCCUGCUUCUGAUUUUUCUUGUGUUCAUCUUAGUGUUUAAUGAAUUUACAGCAUUUUUUUCAGUGCCUUCUACCUCCCAAAAAGCACAAACAGACUUGUUAUUACGACAGUAGUUCUCUAAAAACGUUUGAAGAACUGUGCCUUGUGGACACUUUCAAAUUUUUACAAAAUUUAACAAAUUUCAAAGAACUAAAGAAAAGGCCAUUUUAGAUCCAGCACAGGACACUCAGUGUGUUUUGUAAGGUUAAACUUGUAAUUUUUGUUUGGAUAACAGCAAACAAAGCUGUAUGUUGAUGUGUAGGUUCAGUUAUUAGUUGUCAAUCAAAGGGAAACUAUUUCAUUCAUGUUUAAUUGGUUUAAAGUCGAAUAUAAGCGUUCACUCAUCCAUCCAACAGUAAAACAUCUGAUAUUUUGUUUGAUUUAUGUGUAAACUGGUUUUUAGAGGUCCCAGAAUUUCUCAUUAAAUUUAUUUAAUCUGAAUUUUACCUUAAACAAACCACAUAAGUCUUCACUCUAGUGUAGUUUCUGUCUCAGGUCAGAACAUGAAAUUAUACAGAUGAUCUCAGACUCUUAUUGGACCUCUCAUCUACUGGUCUUGCCUGUUACAGCCUUUAUUCCCAGCAGAUGGCAGUGCAUCUCUUCUGUGUUUAAGAUAAACUUCUUCACUUUUGACCGGUGGUUUUCUGCCCCUAAAUAUAUGAAUAUAAGUCAGAAUAACUCACAUUUGCUUGUAUAAAAAUGUUUUAUAUUAAUACAUUAGUAUUUUAUCUUUUUCUUAGGCCAGUUAUAUUUUUUUCUGUUACUAUUACAAACCAGAUGGUGAAGAUUCUCAGCGCUCAGUCAUUUUAUCAUGUUACAUUACAGUUGUGUCUCUCUGUGGAGCAGCAAAACAAAACUUGGUACCAGUGGUUGUUACUUGUUUGGACUCGGUCUAUAAACUACUAAAAUAAUCAUACAUCCCACACACUGGACCUUUAAUGCAUUUACUGGGAAAAUUUAGACCUAAUCAAACUGUUAGGUAAACCAAACAAAUAAAAUCUUGUUGACUUUGUAAGCUCUGGCCUCAUCCCAUGUUUUACAGACCUUUUUGUUACCCAGGGUCUUUCUGUUGCAGCCAAAUGUCAGUUAUUAGGAACUGAACACUGUCUAAAAGUGGGAAACUCUGGGACCUGUAAACCAAACAGUUUCUGCAUGAGGUUUUCACAUCCUCAAAAGGGGUUUUUGGACUUGCAAAAAAACAAGUUUUUUUAUUUACAUAUAGUAAAAGCUCUUAAUCUUUGCAGCGUGUAACCGGCUCUCUGCAGUGGUUCAGAUUGCUGCAGAGCUGCUGUUAAUAAUCACGAUGGCAGACAGGGUGGCGUUUGUUUUUGAUCCCGCUGAGCUACGGGGUCUGACACACUUUAAAAAAAAAGUUUUUUUUUGAGGGGGAUGGUGAUUUAGUCUUUUCUAGCAGCCGGUUCCAGUAAUCGUCCCCAUCAGGUCGACACCUAACCUGCCGUCCACGGCGUCAGGUUUUUGCACAGUGGCAUCAACGCCACCUCCAUCAAGCUAAAUUUCAGCUACUUUCAUUAUGGUCAGUGUUGGCCGGCCACACGUGGCUUCACAUCUUCUUUCACUUUGUCUUUUUCUUUUUUACAACAUGAAGCUGAAAAGGCAGGGAAGCGAUGAAGUGGAGUUUGUAUUGUGAGCUGAAAAAGGCCGAAGGCUGCUGACGACGGAAACGUCAGACGCAUUUUCGCUUUGUGUGAGCUGGUGUUUUCUAAUGCUUCUUCUCACAUGGAAACAGAAAAAUGCACAUUUGACGUUAAGAAAGUCUUUUUUUUUCGGUGCAGUUUGUAAAAGAUAAACUUGGUGCCAGACUGCAGUAUUUCCUGUGUGCUUCACUUCCUCCAGUGUUACCAUCUGUUCCGACUUAAAACUAGACUUUUUAAAGCUGGUUUUGUCUCUGCCUGAAUUUGCCAAUUGACACAGCAAACUUGCAGCUGUAAUGUAAAUACUUCAGGCCUUUUUUUUCACAAAAUCACCCUCACUUUUCUGCUUUUUUUUAUCUCUUGUGUCUUUUUUGGCCCAAAUACGUUGAGGCAGAAUGAAUGUAACACGUUUCCUAAGAAAAUUGCAACAACUUAAAACAAAAUGAAAGAGUUAAUUGUGUGUACAAAAACACAAAGAAGAGAAAUGUCCCAAACUGGUCAGAAAACAAUGUUUUUUGUGUAAUCAUUGCCAACGAUUCACACUGGUUCAUUCUUCUGUUGCCUUGUACAGAUCACAAGCUGAGAAGCGAUGUUUUGGGAAGGGACGUUAAUAUUAUGUCUGUUUUACUUGUUUUUGUUGUAAAAGCUAAAAAUCACUGAUAUUAUCGAGUUUGUCUAUGUCUCUUUCCCCCAGAGGGUUCAGACUGUGAAUCUACAGAAACAAGUGGAUUUUUAUGAGGAGGAACAAACUUUUUUUCUAUUUCUUUUUGAGUGAAUUUCUCCCUGAAACUCUGUUCUUAUCACCGCUUUGCACAAGUCUUUUUGUCGCUAUUUAUGUUACGUUCUUUUAGCAUGUCUGGGAAUGCCAUGUUCUUAGUACUUCUGACACUUUAUAGUGUAAUACGUUUUAUAAUAAAUUCUUUACCUAAUA